CUAGGCUCUAGCACGCGAGAUUCUGCUCAUCGUUCUUAAAGGCGACGACGACACCGUUGGCAAUGCCGGCCUGUCCUACGCGCUCGUGAUGUACGACGAUUAGGAAUAUUAACCCGUUCGUGCCCAUUGGACUCCCCAACCCGGACCGACCGUCCGCACGAUGCCUGAACUUUCCACCCGUGAUCACUCUGUGACCUUCACUUCUACUCUCAUCUAUCCCACCAUGCCUCUCUCGCUGAAGGAAGUCUCAGAGCAUAACACUGACAAAUCAUGUUGGGUGGUCAUCAAGAAUAAGGUCUACGACGUUACAGAAUUCCUACCCGAACAUCCAGGUGGUGCUAAGAUUAUUCUCAAGUAUGCAGGUCGCGAUGCGACGUCUGCAUAUGAGCCCAUACACCCUCCAGAUGCUCUCGAGAAGAACCUACCUCCAGAGAAACAUCUCGGGGAUCUGGAUGUCAGCUCAGCUAAUGAACUUGCCGCCGCUCGUCAGGACCGCAAGAAAACAGAGGAUGAGCUUCGCAUGGAACGCGAGCAAGCCAAUAAACCGCCAUUGAGCAGGAUAUUGAACCUGCAGGAGAUGGAGGAAGUCGCGCGCAAAGUCAUUUCAAGUAAAGCCUGGGCGUAUUAUUCCUCAGCGUCUGACGACGAAAUCACGAAUAUCGAGAAUGCUAGAGCUUUUACUCGAUUCUUCUUCCACCCUAGAGUUAUGCGGCCGGUAGGCAAUUGUGACCCAUCAACAACUAUAUUGGGUUUCAAGUCAACAAUACCAGUUUUCGUCAGUGGUGCUGCCCUAGCGAAGCUCGGACACCCACGCGGCGAGGCAAAUAUCACGGAAGGUUGUGGUCGGACCUCAACCAUUCAAAUGGUCUCCUCCAAUGCGUCUCUUUCCUACGCUGAGAUCGCCUCCGCGCGAGUCUCCCCAUCACAACCACUUUUCUUCCAGUUGUACAAGCACAAAGACAGAGCAUUGGCCGAGAAACGCAUUCGAGAAGUCGAGUCGCUGGGAUACAAUGCCAUAUUCUUGACUGUCGAUGCCAUAGUGGCAGGUAACAGGGAGAAAGAUGUACGUGCUGGGUGGACUGAAGAGGACGUAGAAGCAGUUGCCGCAGAACAACAAGGUAAAGGAAGGAAAGGCGAGCUGCCGAGGAAGAAGACCGAUAUGGAGGAACUGGAAUUCGAGGUCGAUACCGAGGGUACAGCAGGCGCACUGGUCGCCAACGACGAUCGGAAUAUGACUUGGAAUGAGACAAUUCCAUGGCUUCGCAGCGUUACCAAGCUGCCUGUUGUUGUGAAAGGCGUUCAAUGUGUAGAUGACGCCGUCUUGGCAGCCGAAGCGGGUGUUGAUGGCAUAUUACUCUCAAACCACGGAGGACGUCAACUGGAGUAUGCCUUACCCUCCCUUGAAGUCCUGUAUCAAAUUCGUAAGCAACGUCCAGAUAUUUUCUCCAAGCUGGAAGUUUAUAUCGACGGCGGAAUACGUCGUGGAACGGACGUCAUUAAGGCACUAUGCUUGGGUGCAACGGCUGUAGGACUUGGACGUCCAUUCCUCUACGCGCAAAGUGCCUACGGUGCAGCAGGCGUAGUCAAGACCAUUCGAAUACUAGAAAGAGAAAUUGUUACAGCUAUGCGACUCAUCGGUGCACGGACAGUCAAAGAUUUGGUACCAGAUAUGGUGGAACGAGUAGAUUGGCAACCUCUUGCGAAGCUCUAAGCUCUCAUGAAAGGUUACGACCGGAACCCUCACGUUCAAUGUUAGAACUGGGAAUUUGCUGGGAUUUAGGGAUGUUACAUUUAUACCUCCGUGCUUUGAUUGUACACAUAGAACAUGCCUAGCUUCGACCAUGUACGCCAGAAUCUACAACACUGUCCUUCGCAUUGCUUUUGACUCUAGCUCCACAUUUUCAAAGUUCAAGGCUGGGUAGUUGGCCCAGAGUCCUCAACGUAGAUGCCGCUGUAGUAAAUAUCGGUUUCCGUG